AAAGCCACCUCCAUUUUGUAAGGACUGUGCUCUCCCUCCCCAACUAACCGGGGAGGGAAACACUUUUCUGAAUCAGUACUACAUCUCCAGCAGGCACCUUAGUGAGAGGUGGGCUGAGUGAAGAACAAGCGGAGCCACCCCUCCAUCUACCUUCCAGCCGAAAGUGGCCACUUUCUCUUUAAAUGCAAAUCACCUCCCGCUAGCCUCGCUGCUACCCGCCUGAGUACCAGGAGGACUGCGCGGAGGGCCAGGAACUUGAGCGAGGCUUCAGCAUCACCCGGGACCCCAGCCCUCCAGGCCUGAGGCUCAGCCAGCAUCCAAUGGAUGACAAAAAGAAGAAAAGGAGUCCCAAACCCUGCCUGGCCCAGCCAGCCCAGGCGCCAAGCACACUUCGAAGGGUCCCAGUACCCACAAGCCACAGUGGCUCCUUGGCCCUGGGACUCCCUCAUCUGCCAUCCCCCAAGCAGCGGGCCAAGUUCAAGAGAGCUGGCAAGGAGAAAUGCCGCCCAGUGCUGGCGGGUGGCAGUGGUGGCCCUGCAGGCACACCCCUGCAGCACUCCUUCCUGACCGAGGUGACUGAUGUCUACGAGAUGGAGGGGGGACUGCUGAAUCUGCUCAAUGACUUCCACUCCGGCAAGCUCCAGGCCUUUGGGAAGGAAUGCUCCUUCGAGCAGCUGGAGCACGUGCGAGAGAUGCAAGAGAAGCUGGCCCGACUGCACUUCAGUCUGGAUGUGUGUAGGGAGGAGGACGAUGAGGAGGAGGAGGACGGAGUCACUGAGAGGCUUCCAGAGGAACAGAAAAAGACCAUGGCCGACCGCAACCUGGACCAGCUGCUCAGCAAUCUUGAAGAUCUUAGCAAUUCUAUACAGAAACUGCAUCUGGCGGAGAACGCUGAGCCUGAGGACCAGUCAACUACAUAAGUGUUGAACGCAAGCCCAGACUGCCUCUCAUUCCUUUCAAACUGUGACUCUUUAUCGACUCGGGAGGGUAUUCCACAGCCCCCCAGGUGCUAUCGGGGUGGGGAGCAUUGGAAGGAAUUAAAGGAGAAAAAAA